UUAGAUAAUGAGUGAAUUUUAACUGCGUUACACAGGAUUUCGAAAUCCACUGUAAGAGAACGAACACUCUCGAAUGCGAUUUGAAAGUUGAAACAAGAAAAGUUCAAAUUUGUUGGAUGAUGCGCAUACAUAAAAUUUUCUAUGUAGUCUCCUCCAUUUUCCUAAUCCUUCUGUCUCCUUCCAACACAGUCAUAAGAUAAGAGCAUGGAAUUGUUGCAACAGACUUCUUAGAUCAUGGAUGCUUCCACACUGAUAUGGCUCUUCUCCCUUCACACUUUCCUUCUACUCCUCCACCGAUCCCACUGCAAAACCUUAACCACAAUCAACCCGAGCCUUGCCCUUUAUGACGGCGACAUUCUGAUCUCUGACAACAAGAACUUCGCACUUGGGUUCUUCAGCCCUGGAAAUUCUACCCGCCGCUUCGUUGGCACUUGGUACAACAAGGUUAGUGAACGUACAGUUUUCUGGGUUGCUAACAUAGACAGGCCAAUCAACGACACCUCUGGGGUUCUCUCAAUCGACUCCCAUGGAGACCUUGUCCUCCACUGCUGCAGCAACGGAAGCUCACCCCUUUGGUCCACCAAUGUGCGGACGACAGUUUCAGACAAUGCCACAACUGCUCAGCUACAAGACACAGGCAACUUAAUUUUGCUCCAACGGCCAAGCAAUCGUGUCCUGUGGCAGAGCUUUGAUUACCCCACAGAUACCAUGAGCCCUUUCAUGAAACUUGGGCUGGACUGGAGAACCGGCAAGGACCGAUUCCUGACCUCUUGGAAGUCCAAGGAUGACCCAGGACCGGGGAAUUUCACAUACAGGUUCGACCCAACAGGUUACCCGCAAAUAUUUCUCUACAAGAAUGCGGCUCCACUUUGGCGGACAGGGCCAUGGACGGGCCUGCGUUGGAGCGGCCUCUUCGGCAUGAGCAGCAAUUACAUCUUCAACUUCAGCUUUGUGAAUGACCAUGAAGAGGUCUCAUUUUCCUAUUGGAUGAGGAAUGCUUCGAUCUUCUCCAGGUUGGUCAUAGAACCCAGCUGCACGAUCCAGCGGUCCACUUGGCAUACCCGGGAUGGCCGGUGGAAUGAGUUAUGGAGUUCACCUGUGGAAGAUUGCGACUACUACAUGGCUUGCGGGCCUAACAGCAACUGCAACCCAUAUAACGCAGAACAGUUCAGAUGUACUUGCCUUCCAGGGUUUGAGCCCAGGUCGCCGGCAGAUUGGUUCCUCAGGGAUGGGUCUGGUGGAUGCAUAAGGUCCCCUGGGGCCUCUACAUGCCGGAGCGGAGAAGGAUUUGUCAAGGUGGCCCUUGUGAAAGUCCCCGAAACUUCCCGAGCCUAUGUCGACAUGGACUUGAGCCUCAAAGAGUGCGAGCAGGAGUGCCUGAAGAACUGUUCAUGCACAGCCUACACAAGCGCUGAUGAGAGAAAUGGAGGCUUUGGGUGCUUGGCAUGGUACGGUGAUCUGCUGGAUAUAAGGACAUUUUCUAAUAUUGGGCAGGAUUUAUAUAUACGGGUUGAUGCAGCCAGUUUAGCUCAUUUGACGGAGAAGAAUGGAUCUCCUGGGAAGUGGUUAAUAGGGGUAAUUGUAUCAGCUGGAGUGAUUCUGGUGUUGCUCAUCGUCUUGUUUAUAAUGAAGAAAAGGCACCGGAGAACAAGGCCUUCAGCUACAACAAGCGCUGCACAUUAUUGGGUUGAUGAAUCUCGGAAUGUGCAGGACCUCAAAUAUGACAGCAGAACCUCGGAUUUGCCAUUCUUUGAUCUAAACACCAUAGCCACUGCCACAAACAAUUUUUCUUUCAUCAACAAGCUCGGGCCAGGUGGAUUUGGUUCCGUUUAUAAGGGAGUACUUGAUGAUGGAAAGGAAAUAGCGGUUAAGAGAUUGUCGAAAUCUUCAGGGCAAGGAAUCGAAGAGUUUAAGAAUGAGGUCACGUUGAUUGCUAGGCUGCAGCACAGGAAUCUCGUGAAGAUACUAGGCUGCUGUAUCCAAGAAGACGAGAAAAUGCUGAUUUAUGAAUACCUGCCAAAUAAAAGCUUGGACUCAUUUCUUUUUGAUGAAGAUAAGAAGGCUCUGCUCGACUGGAGAAAGCGCUUUGCGAUCGCUUCUGGAAUAGCUCGAGGGAUCUUGUACUUACACCAGGAUUCAAGGUUGAGAAUCAUCCACCGGGAUCUGAAAACAAGUAACGUGCUGCUCGACGAUUCAAUGAACCCAAAAAUCUCUGAUUUUGGCAUGGCUAGGAUAUGCAGAGGGGACCAGAUCCAAGGAAAUACCAGAAGAGUCGUGGGGACGUAUGGUUACAUGUCACCGGAGUACGCGAUGCAAGGUUUUUUUUCAAUAAAAUCUGAUGUUUACAGUUUCGGAGUCAUGAUGUUGGAGAUCAUUUCUGGGAAGAGAAAUAGCAGCUAUCAGGAUAAUUCAUCUUGUAACCUAAUUGGCCGUGUUUGGGAGUUGUGGAAAGAAGGAUCGUGCUUGGACAUUGUUGACCCAUUAAUGGGCAAUAUGUAUCCUGACGAUGAGGUCCUCAGAUGCAUCCAGAUCGGGUUGCUUUGCGUGCAAGAAUUCGCAAUGGAUAGGCCGACCAUGUCUGCAGUUGUGUUCAUGUUGGAGAACAACGUGAGGCUUCCUUCUCCGAAGCAGCCUGCUUUUGCUUUUACAAGGAUACCGGGCAGAGCCGGCACCUCUUCAUCAAAUGAAAGAUCCAACUCAGUAAACAACAUGUCCCUUACUGUUGUCAAAGCUCGUUGAGUGCAAUUUUUUUCUAGGAUUGGUACAUUAAGCAAAUGUAUUUGUACCAUUUGGUCGUGCUCAAGUAGCUGGGUUUGAAAUUACUGAGAGGAUAUAUAUGUACCGAGAACCUUGAUUUUUUAUCUUCUUCUUGAUUCUUUAUUGAUUCAUUCGUACUGUCAACUAACAGUAUUUCUGCAAAUCCAAAAUUCCACUC